AUGAUUGGACGCCUGGUGCUGUGGUGUGCAACUGAGCAGUACCAAGAGGUCGCCAAGGGGGAGGGAUGGGAAACUGGGUCACAGCACCUAAGGAAACUUCUGGGCCCACACCACCACCCUGAAUUGCUCAGAUCUUCCCACAGCCCCAUGGGGAAAUCGAUUGUUUUGGGGAUAUUCCAUACAAGCUCCUUUCAUUCCUUUGUUUGUAAACUUGCCUCAGACAAUUCUGCUACCAGCCUGUGUGCUAUUGUCUGUUUUCUAAAUUUAGUAAUAUAUGUCAUUGAGCAUUAAUCUACAAACAACGAAAUUAAUAAAUAAUUAUUAAUAAAUAAGUUUUCUCAAGGUAACAGAAUAUGAUUUAGCAAAUUGUCUAUUAAGACAUUCUUUUACACAUCUAUAUUUUCUUACUCUGAGUUAAUAUGUAAGCAAUGUAUCACUUCCAUAAGGCCAGAGAUACAUUAUGGACAGACAAAUAAUAACAUGCAAACUCACUCACACAUCAACCGAGCCUUUGGAACAGCUUUAGCUAUUGUUUGUGAUGGUGGUGGUCAUGUUUAUGUUUGA